AGCACAAGAAUCUGAUCAUGGUCAGGAUGGCAUCUGCCCAGGACCUUUUAAUCCUGGCACUAUAUGGCUUGUUACGAGAGUUACCGACUGGAUGUCAUGCAACAGACACGAGGCAGCCAAGGUUACGUCUCUCACAUAAAGAGCUCUGGGAUUUAAACAGGACGUCAGUCUUUCAUAGCCCAUUUGGAUAUCUUGGUCUUCAUAUAAUGCUGCUGGAUGAGUAUCAAGAGCGACUGUUUGUGGGAGGAAGAGACCUCUUGUAUUCCCUCAGCUUGGAUCGAGUCAGCGACAACUACCGAGAGAUCCAUUGGCCUAGUACACCUUUGCAAACUGAAGAAUGCAUAAUUAAAGGAAGAGAUGCUGAUGAAUGUGCAAAUUACAUUCGUGUCCUUCAUCGCUACAACAGAACACAUCUUCUGGCUUGUGGAACAGGAGCUUUUGAUCCACUUUGUACUUUUGUUAGAGCUGGACAUCCAUCAGAGGAUCAUCUGUUUCAACUGGAAUCGCACAAAUUUGAGAGAGGACGAGGCAGGUGCCCUUUUGACCCCAGUUCUUCCUUCACCUCCAUCUUAAUUGGUGGUGAACUUUUUGCUGGUCUCUACAGUGACUACUGGGGCAGAGAUGCUGCUCUGUUUCGCACCAUGAAUCGCAUGGCCCAUCUGCGAACAGAACCUGACAGUGAGCGCCUCUUGAAAGAACCAAAAUUUGUUGGCUCAUACAUGAUUCCUGACAAUGAAGACCAUGAUGACAACAAAGUAUAUUUCUUCUUUACUGAAAAAGCAUUAGAGGCUGAGACAAGCACUCACGCCAUAUAUAGCAGAGUGGGACGUGUAUGUGCGAAUGAUAUGGGAGGCCAACGAAUGCUUGUGAAUAAAUGGAGCACCUUCCUCAAAACCAGGCUAGUUUGCUCUGUGCCUGGGGCAAAUGGAAUUGAUACAUAUUUUGAUGAGCUAGAGGAUGUGUUUUUGCUGCAAACACGUGAUAACAAAAAUCCAGUGAUAUUUGGCCUCUUCAAUACCACAAGCAAUAUAUUUAGAGGAUAUGCUGUAUGUGUUUACCACAUGGCAAGUGUCCGAGCAGCUUUCAAUGGACCAUACGCUCAUAAAGAAGGACCUGAAUACCACUGGGCUCUAUACGAAGGAAAAGUACCCUAUCCUAGACCUGGUUCAUGUGCCAGCAAGGUGAAUGGUGGCCUGUAUACUACCACUAAAGACUACCCUGAUGAAGCUGUCCAUUUUGCCAGGACUCAUCCACUGAUGUAUCAGCCCAUAAAACCUGUUCAUAAGAGACCAAUACUAGUUAAAACAGAUGGCAAGUACAAUCUUAAACAAAUAGCAGUGGACAGAGUGGAAGCUGAAGAUGGGCAAUAUGAUGUCUUGUUCAUUGGCACAGAUAAUGGAAUUGUGCUGAAAGUCAUUACAAUUUACAAUCAAGAAACAGAAUCAAUGGAAGAAGUGAUUCUUGAAGAGCUGCAAAUAUUCAAGGUGCCAGAUCCUAUUAUUUCUAUGGAAAUCUCUUCAAAAAGGCAACAGCUCUACGUUGGAUCUGAGUCAGUCGUAGCACAGGUGAAGUUCCACCAGUGUGACAUGUACGGCACUGCCUGUGCAGACUGCUGCCUCGCUCGAGAUCCGUACUGUGCUUGGGAUGGCAUCUCCUGCUCCCGAUACUAUCCCACAGGAAUACAGGCAAAGAGACGCUUCCGCAGACAAGAUGUUCGGCAUGGAAAUGCAGCACAGCAGUGCUUUGGCCAACAGUUCAUUGGUGAAGUCCUGGAGAGAACUGAAGAACGACUUGUUUAUGGAAUAGAGCACAACAGCACCCUUCUGGAGUGCACCCCUAGGACCUUACAAGCAAAAGUAAUCUGGUUUGUUCAACGACCUCAUGAAGCAAAGAAGGAAGAGGUGAAAACAGAUGACAGAAUAAUCAAAAUGGACCUUGGCCUCUUAUUCCUGAAGCUGCAUCGUCUGGAUGCAGGGACCUAUUUUUGUCAGACAGUGGAACACAGCAUUGUUCACACCAUCAGGAAAAUCACCCUGGAAAUAGUUGAGGAAGAACGUGUAGAUGAGAUGUUCAAUAAAGACUAUGAGGAGGAAAUACCUCACAAAAUGCCAUGUCCAAUGCAGAGCAGUAUACCUCAGGCAUCAAGGCCUUGGUACAAGGAAUUUCUUCAACUAAUAGGUUACAGCAACUUCCAGAGGGUGGAAGAAUACUGUGAAAAAGUGUGGUGUACAGAUAAGAAAAGAAAAAAGCUGAAAAUGUCUCCAUCUAAGUGGAAAUAUGCCAACCCUCAGGAGAAGAAGGCAAGGAUCAGGCCAGAGCAUUACCGAUUGCCCAGGAAUGUAGUUGACUCUUGAUGGACCAAAUCCCUCCACUUUUUCUGGGCAAAAUUUUAUUUGGACUUAAGUAAGAGGGAGAGAUCAGUCUUGAUUUUAGUAAAUGACCCUGGUUUAUAUAUAUAAAUAUCAGGACUGAAAACAAAAAUGCUAUAGUAAGUUAUACUCUACACUCAUGAUGACUGUUUAGAAUAAUUUUAAGCAGAAUCUUCGUGUCUGAUUCUAAGUAGGUCAAUGCAAUCAGAAUAUUGCAUUAUGGGGGACAUG